AUGGAAUUUCUUCAAGAAUUAAACGAAAGUCAAAAAAAAGCGGUCUAUGAAGAACACUCUCGGAUAUGCGUGAUUGCCGGACCUGGCUGUGGUAAAACUAAAACUCUGGUCAGUCGACUCAUUUAUUUAUUAGCCAGCCAAAAAGCCCAACCCCAAAAUAUACUAGUUUUAACCUUUGCUAAAAAAGCCAUUAAAGAAAUAAAAAAACGAGUUUUUUCUCAUAUUACGACAGUCUCCCCCAAAGAUUUACACAUUUAUAACUUUCACUCUUUUUGUUUUCAGGUGCUUAACAAAUAUUCUCACCUGCUAGGUUUUCCAGACAGCAAAUUUCCAGUCUAUGACCGUCAUGAGCAAGAAACUAUAAUUCGCAAAAUACUCUACCAGAAUAAUCACAGUGCCGAGAAAAAAGAAAUAAAUACUAUCUUGGCUUACAUUAGCGAAUACUUAAAAACCAAUAAAGCACUAGAUUUCAAUGAUUUACUACUUUAUACAAUUGAACUUUUUAAUUACCAUUCUCAGGUUCGCCAAGAAUACCAGAAACAAUUUACUCAUAUUCUCUUAGAUGAAUUCCAAGACAUUAAUAGUAUUCAAUGGGAAGUAAUUAACCUGAUUUUAAGUAAACAGCAAAACGUUUUUUUAGUGGCGAAAAAUCAGUCUAUUUUGGUCAAUAAUAUACUCAAUACUUCUAAACCGGAGGGAGUAAAAGUUAAUUUCUUAACCAGGAAAUCAAUUCGUUACUUGGUUUAUCAACUCCGCCGCAUACUGAUUCAAGAAAAACUUCAAUUUAAUGACAUUGCUAUUCUCUACCGCAAUAAUUAUCUUUCUACCCGGCUUGAACAAGAAUUAGUGGCUCAAAGAAUCCCCUAUGAAAUAUUAGGUUCUUUUAAAUUCAUUGAACGGGAAGAAAUUAAGGAUGUUUUAUCCUUUCUACGAACCAUUAUUUAUCUCGAUAAUAUUUCUUUACUAAGGAUCUUAGGUUUUCAAGAAAAAGUUGGAACUCGCACCAUUGAAAAAAUUGAGCAAAAUAGUGAAAGGGAGCGGGUUAGUAUUUACGAAUACCUUAACAAUUUCGCUACGAUUACUAAUUUAAGCGGAGAAAAGUUUGUCGCCGGACAAAUUGAAAAAAUUAGCACUGCAAUUCUGAAAAUUAAUCAAUGGCGGGAAAAAUUGGAACAAAAAGUUUCUCUCAGUAAUUUUCUUUUAGGAGUGCUUAAUGAUUUUGACUAUUGGAAACACUUGAAAACCCGCAUUAAUGCCUCAGAAAGAGAAAAAAAUGUCCAACAAUUCCUUAAUAUCGCUCAAAAUUGA